GCCUCUCUCUCUCUCUACCAGUCGCACACCCCAUAGCCUCAGCAAAAAAGCAAUGACUAAACCUAAAAACCGACCAGAAGAGACUCCGAAACCCAGUGAAGAAGGGCCCAUAUCCGAGCAAUCCUUCUUCUGCUGGCCAGACCUGAGAUCCCUUCUCGGUCUGUGCUGCCGCACCUGCAACUCCCAACAACUCUUUCACGUAUCGGAUUUUCCUCUGUCUCCCAUUACUGGUACAUUUUUUGGCCACAAAAAUGACAAAGUAAGCUUUUGCUUCCAACAAAAUCCAUCCGUUUUUCCGCCAUUUCUGGUCAUUGAUCUUCCAAUGCUAACUUCUAAGUUAGCUGAUGAAAUGCAGUACGGGUUAGUGAGAUUAACGUUAGAAUGUGUAAAUUGUUCAGAAAACUUCCCUCAAAACAGUGAAAAUCUUCAUGUUUUUGAGGGAGAGAGCUUUGUGACUUACUUUAAUGGACGGAAAGUGGGGUUUUCGAUGAAGCGACAGAUGAAUGCAGACCAAGUGACGACGUUUAUGACUAUAGGGAACAUGACAGCAGGUGCCGGAGUCUUCCCAGAAAACCUUGGUUUGGACGGGAAAACAAAGUCUGACGAAGGGGAGUUUAUGUACCUUAGGGCGAGCUUUCGUAGAGUGGUGGGCUCGGUUAACUCCGAGUCGUUUCAUAUGAUAGACCCGGCCGGUUCCACUGGUCAAGAGCUCAGCAUUUUCUUUGUGAGGUUUGAUUCUUAG